AUGACUAAGCAGGACGACGACGAAGAAGAUGAAGAUGAAGAUGAUCAAGAUGAAGACGACGAUGAAGACGACUGCGCAGAUGGUCGAGAUGGAAGGGUUCGGCCUCCGAAGACGGCGGACAGACUGCAGCAGGCGAGUCGAGGCCCAUCAGGGGCCAUCGAGAGAUGUUUUGACGAUGUCGAUAUGUCAGUGUCGCUGUCAGGGGACAGAUAUCGGGGUAUCAAUGGCGGUGGCUGGCGGCUGAUGGCUGCCAGCUAUACCCAUCCUUGCUCUGGAUUAUAUGGACGGCAGGAUAGCGUCUCCCUGCUUUUAGCCAACGAGAAGGAAGUGGUUUCACCGCUGUGUCUCCCUCCUUCCAUGUUUCUUCAGCUUCUUGCCCACUUUUCCUGGCUGUACCAGAGAAAGGUCCCCCCCAGCCAUGUCACCAGGAGCAUCCUCGCUCCAGGGCCCCAGACGCAUUCUGUGUACUCCCAUGCACGGAUUGAACUCGAGCGUGUAGUCUCGCAUCUAUACGCGUUGUUUUUUUUCUUUCGUCCUUUUUCCUUUUCGUACUUUGAUCCUCGAUUGAAGCUAUCCUUUUUUUUUUUUUUUUUUAACCUCCCCGUUCUGUUUCUUCCUUCUCUCCAUACCAUAUCUCGUCCACAGCUUCAGGAUGGCCUCGAUAUUCUGCCCAUGGCGAAGGAAGCCGAAGAGAGCGUCACCUCGUGGCAGCUCUAA